GGCGGUUUGCUGAAAAUGCCGGGAAUGGGUGGUAGAGGUAGGAAGAAGAAGGAUGCCCCACCUAGGGGAGGUCCAUCGAAGGAGGUUACCGGUACAAAAAGUGUUGAGAAUGAUGCUAAGAAUAGUCUGAUUGAGGAUGCUGUUAAGGAGCAAGUAGAGGAAGUAAAGCUCGUUGCAAGGGAUCUUGAGCUUAUGGGUCUUGUGGUAGAGGAGGUGGGUGAGUUGCAGUUAGAUCCUAGGGAUACUGGGGUGGAUGAGGCGACAACAAUUGAGUCUAGAAAGGAGGCUGUGGUAACCCAGGUUCUCACUAAUUUAGAGGAGGGGAAGAGGGAAGGUAAAAGGGUAGUGGGUUCAGAUUCCCAAUCUCCAGAAUCCCCUGCUAAGCUUUUAAUUGGUACCAAUGGGGCUAGUUCUUCGGGUGUAAAGACUAAGAUUCCUAGAGUUCGGUGGAUUGAUUUGGUUGAUGGAGAGAAGGAUGAAGUACUGACUCAGCCACUACGGAAGCCGGUUAGAAGCUGGUCGUCGGUAGUGCAAGGAAACAAGGAUAUUAGGAAGGGAUGGAAGUUGCAGUAUGUAAAACCUCAAGACCCCUCUGGUGCUGUGGUGAUUACCGAGGAUGAAUGGUAUCAGGGUUCCAAGGUAUGGGAGAAUGCUUUAGUUGGUUAUGUCCUUGGAUGCAAGUGUCAUUUCAAGGAUAUGGCUAAUUAUGCUAAUAAUAGAUGGAAGGAAUUCCAAGUACCAAAGGUUUUUUCACUUAAGAAUGGUGUAUUUUUGUUUGAUUUUGCGGAUGGGGAGGCGAAGCAGGCUGUCUUAGAAAAGAGAUGGACUUUUCAGGACCAUCCUCUAAUUUUGAAACAAUGGACCCCUAAGUUUGAUAUUGAUAACCUUGAUGUUAGCAAGAUACCCGUGUGGAUUCAGUUUCCCGAUUUGCAUUUGAGUCUUUGGAAUCCUAAAAGCUUAGGCAAAAUGGCCAGUUACCUGGGUGUUCCUAUUGCUACUGAUGCAUUGACUGCUAAGAGGCAGCAAGUGUCUUUUGCUAGGAUGCUAGUGGAAGUUGAGAUUAUGGAGGAGUUACCACAGGUGGUACUUGUAGUUGGGCCCAAGGGUAUUUUCCAGCAACCAAUAAUCUUUGAAUGGUCCCCAAUGCGAUGUGGAAAAUGUGGUAACCUUGGACAUGAGGAAAGGAAUUGUAAGGCUAAAAUUAAGAAGAUGUGGGUAGUUAAAGGUUCUGUGGAACAGAAGCAGCUUAUUAAGCCUAGUAUGCAGCAAGCUGAUGCAGCUAUGGUACAGGUUGAGCCUAAUAUACUUAGUGAGGUUGUUUUCCAACAGUGCAAGCAAGAUGAAGCACUAGAGUCUACGGUGGUGGUUGAUAAGGAAAUGCCUAUAAUGGAAUUUGAUCAUGUCAAAGGAACUGUUGUUGAUGAUGGUAAUGUGACAGCUUUGUUUCCGGAAUUGUUUUCAAGAUAGGCUGGUGAAGAAGCUGUUGGUGGACAAGUUCUUGCUCAGAAGGAUGGGAUGCAAGCGGUUGGUGGAGGUUUUUUUUUUCCCUCUCUUAAAUAAAUGAUCACUGUUGCU